AUGUCGUCAGAAGCUACAAGUCUAGGCAAACGAGCUCGCGAGAUCGAUGCGGUCGACUUUGAAGCUCGUCAGUCCAGCGGUUGCAGCUCGCCCCCUCGCGCUGCCCUUAAUGGAACUGACACUCACCUCGAGCAUUGAACAACAGCUGUCGUCCUAGAGCCGACGGGUGAAGCAGCUACGAAUGGCAACGGAGUAGAACAUCAGGAAGGGGAACCUACAGCCGCAGACGGCGCUCAGCAACCCGUCGGGGAGGAGGAGGACGACGACGACGACGACUACUUCGGGCCGAUGCCUUUGCCUGCAGGAGCUGUACCGACCAAAAAGAGGAAAGGUGAGUGCUAGUGUAGUGCUACAUGCUUCAGUCGCAAAGAUUGGAAGGCUUAUUUCAUGCUCCCCGACCCCGUUGCUGGAUGUCUGAACCCUCUCAACCACAGUGCUCGCGCACGAGAAGCUCUACCUCGAUCACCUUCCUUCCGCCGAUCGAUACUACAAGUCCUUCAUGCAUCGAGAUACCGUCACCGGUGUCGUACUCACUCGGUGCGUUCACCGUCAGAGCCAACACCGUGCCGAGGGCGUCACAGACUGAUCCCACCCUAUGUGUUCUCUGGGUGCAGGACCGACUUCCUCAUCACCUCCUCCGUCGAUGGACACCUCAAGUUCUGGAAGAAGCAGGCAGAAGGGAUCGAGUUCGUCAAGCAUUACCGCACACAUCUCUCACCCAUCGUCGCCAUCGCCGCGUCCGACGACGGCAAAUCCCUCGCCAGUUUGGGUAGCGAUCAGGGUGGGAAGACGGUCGAAGGUUUGGAAGUGAAAGGCAGUGCAAAAGUGUUUGAUGUUGAGAAUUUUGGUAAGGGCGAACUCAAACCUUGAUGCGAGAGCAUUCUCGAGCCAAAGCCUGACCUCUCGGAUCGAUUCGCUCAGACAUGAUCAACAUUCUCAAGCUGCCUUUCAACCCUCGCAUCUGCUGCUGGCUACACGGUCGAGGAGACGGACGGUCCUUAUUGGCCAUGUAAGGCUCAUAGUUCUAUGAUGCUGGCAGGACAGAGAAGCUGACAGCACCUCUGGCAAACAGCACCGAUUUUGACUCGCCGAAGAUCCGGAUCUACGAUGGGCGUGGAGACGGCAAACCUCUGCACGUCCUCGAUUCUCUGCAUCGCAAGAGUGUGCACCUCAUGGCAGUGAGUAGCCGUUUAUCGCCUUAGACGUUGUAGUUCUCUUUGCUCAUACUGCCUCAUAUUCUACAUUCACAGUACAAUCCUUUGUACGACACCGUCAUCUCGAUUGAUGUCGGAGGCAUGGUCGAGUACUGGGAGCCGCGGGAACCAUUCGAGAAGCCCCACAGUGUAGAAUGGACCAACAAGAGUGCCACUGGACUGUACGAGUUCAAAAAGGUCAGAUUCUAUCUCCUAGCUUCGCACCGCCCGUAAGCGCUACCGAUUGAUACUGAUCAUCCGUCUGUCCCCCUUGCAGAGCAAAUCAACUCCCGUCGCACUCUCACUUGCACCGACCUCGGAUUCGUUCGCCGUUCUAUCUCUCCCAGAUUUACGCUUGACGACCUUCAAUUUCUUGACGGGCAAACUGCAUCGAGCCUACGACGAAUCGCUCACAGCGACGCAAGAGAUGCAACAAGCCGGUACGGCAGGGGUCAAGAUGGACUCGAUGGAAUUCGGACGCCGUCUUGCGACCGAACGAGAGUUGGAAAGGGGGGCUUUAGAAGCGGUGUUGGAGAAUCGCUCGGGAAUUAGUGUGGGUGCACCUGUCUGGGACGAAGGGGGCAAGUUUGUGAUAUACCCAACUAUGCUCGGUAUCAAAGGUGAGCCCUAAGGAUAUCAUCGACUCUUUGGGUUUGCUGCUGAGCUGACUCAAUUCCCGGAAUUCGACGGGACUACUAGUUGUCAACACGGUGACGAACAAGGUUUCUCGAAUGCUCGGCAAGGACGAAACGGUGCGAUACCUCAACCUCGCUCUGUACCAAGGUGUCCCGCCGAAGAAGGGAAUCACAACCCUCGCGAUGGCGACUUCAGAGAAUCCCUUGUUGAACCAAACAGAGGAAAGGGACCCCACACUCUUCUGCACAGCAUGGAAACGACCCCGUUUCUAUCUCUUCACCCGCUCGAGCCCCGACGACAAAUCGCACGAUCGUGACAUCUUCAACGAGAAACCGACGCGCGACGAGAUGCAAAUCGCUGCUCCUACAACAGCCGCUCAGGGACCGUUGGGGAAGAAGGCGGUGAUUCAUACGACGAAGGGGGAUAUUACAUUCGAAUUGUUUGGCGAUUUGGUGCCCAAGACGGUGGAGAAUUUCGUGGGGUUGGCGAGGAAGCAUUAUUAUGAUGAGAUCAUCUUUCAUCGAGUCAUCCCCAAGUUUGUACGUUCGAUCAGCUUCUCGGGGAUUGUUCGAGCCGAAUUUCCUGGCUGAUGACACAAGGAAUAUCCCUGACACUAGAUGCUACAAACCGGUGAUCCCCUCGGUGACGGAACAGGAGGAGAAUCCCUCUGGGGCUCAGCCUUUGAGGACGAGUUCCACCCGACUCUCAAACACGACCGACCUUACACGCUCAGUAUGGCCAAUGCCGGUCCCCGAACGAACGGCAGUCAAUUCUUCAUCACCACCGUUCCCGCACCUUGGCUUGAUAACAAGCAUUCGUGAGUCCAACGAACAGUCCGGAUCGAGCCGAGGACUAGAACUGAUGUUCGAUGGGUCAUGUGGUUGUGCAGUAUCUUUGGGAGGGCGACGAGCGGUAUGGACGUGAUCCAUGCGAUUGAGAACGUUCGAACGGACAAGACGGAUAAGCCUUUCGAUGAUGUACGGAUCGUCAGCGUUGAUAUCGAGUAG